CUAAAAUUUAAAUAUAAUAUUCCCAUUCUGUUAAGUCUGGCAAAUGAAAUCAUAUGUUAAAACUAAAAAAGAAAUUCUCUUCAUGAAUUAAUAACGGGGCAUUUGUCUUUGGACACUCGAUUUCAAAAUCAUUUAUAACAAAUCAAAAAAAAAUGCAAUAAAACAUGAAUCAACGCCGAAAACGGGUUGAGAUAUCCUCGAAAAAUGUUAUUUGCGAUUUUUAUGAUGGCGGUAAUUCAACCCAGGAAAGCUGCCGCGAAAAUCUGGAGUCCAAAAAGGCCCAUUGUUACGGUUUAUGGAAGUUCGAUGCCGAGACCGAUGAAUUCAAGAUUAUGAAAAAAGGCUGUUGGCUAAACGACGCCAAUUGUGGCGAAGAACCCAAAUGCUAUUCAAUAGAAACCAACCAACGUCGUCGUAUACCUUCCCACGUAUUUUGCUGCUGUUUAGGGCAUCACUGCAACUCCGAACACAAUAACUUACUGUCGUAUUACGAGCGUGAUGCGGCGUUUAAUUUAUAUAGCAAAAAUCCCGGUUAUCACACAAGCUCCCGGACCUCAUUACCCAUUAGUAGCAAAUCAUUCCUCGUGGAUUCCGUUACAUCGCCCCCACCCUCCCUCACCUCUCACUCCGAUCUCCCAUCGUUUAAUCAUGGUUCCCAACUUUCCUCGCAUGCCCUUUUAAUUGCAGCUAUAACCGUCGUUCCUAUUUGUUUGCUAGCUCUGGUUGCUUUUCUAAUUUUCGCUUGCAACACCCUCCGCCCCAGAAAGGCCAAGGCGAAUUCACGCGACAAACAUUUUUAUGACGAGGGCGAUGUAUCUUCAACCUAUGAUCAACUGAUAUCGAGGGCUGAUACAUGUUUAAAAAAUGAUGAUCGGUCUCUUGAUAUAGUUUUGUACCGUAGUAUGGCCAAAUUAUGUUCGCGUCGUUAUUACGCAAUACCUUCAUUAUAUCACCCCUCUAACGAGAAUAUUCAAAAUAUAUUCACAUAUAUUUCUAAUUAUAAGACUGCGCCUAUCUUAAAUUCUUCCUUGGUAUCUAUCGUUUAUAAAGUUGAGUGGUCUAAAGUCUUUGGAGAAGCAAAUUCUGAAAGUUUUAAAACGGAAUUUGUUGUAAUUAAAGCCUACGAGCCAGACCGAAGUGAUUCCUGGAUCCGAGAAAUGAGGGUUUAUGCGUUACUCAUAUUCGGUCUACCUUUUCAUUCGGACACAACGAAAAGGGAUAAUAAGGAUUUAAAUUUCCAAAAAUCGCAGAAUAAAUAUGCUUAUUCCCAUCAACAUCCAAAUUUAUUGCCACUUAUCUACGGCAUGAGUUUAAAAUCCACAAAUACUAUUAAAGAUAUGAAGUUAACGGCAAACGGCACGAAGAAUCUUAUCGGCAAGAGAAAAUCUAAGCUACAUAAAAAAUUGGAUGAGGAAUGGCAAAUAAAAUCGACAGCAAGGCAUGAUCUUACCGGGAUACUAAUUACGCCAUAUCAAGAUAGCGGAUCCCUCUACGAUUACCUCGCUCAUAAUCUAAUCAAUUGGAAAAUUUUGAUAAACAUAGCCAUGGACAUUUCUUCCGCUCUCGCUUAUUUACAUAAUACCGAUAAUCUUUAUGAAUACCUUGACUCAUACGCCCUUUGCAAUCAAAACUACACAAAUUAUAUUUCAAACAGCGCGAAUCGAACCAAUUUACGAAACGGGCGUUGUAACACGAUCGGUUCCGACAGCAGCGAUUUUCAAGUAAAGUACCUCCCCUCCGACUAUAUGAACACCUGCGACAUUCACAACAAUACGACCUCUUCAUCCUACCUCGCAGAAGAUGACGAUGAUCAUGGCAAUAAUACGUGCAAAAAUAAUAUUCAUGAUAUAUUCGAUAACCAUGACGAUACACGACAGAUGUAUACUCAAAUUAAGUCUAGGGAGCACCUCAAUUUUACACCCACCAAAUAUUACAAACCUAGCAUCGUUCACAAAGACGUUAAAAGCAAAAACAUUCUGUUGUCCACUGAAAAUUUUAGGCUGAAAGCCAAACUGUGCGAUUUCGGCUCCGCCUUGAUAAUGGAUAGUCGCGAUACUGUCAAUAAAUUCGGCUUUAAAACGGAACAAAAUGUUCAACAGAAGGGCACGCUAAGAUAUAUGGCCCCUGAAAUUUUGGAAGGAGCUAUUUCUUACUCUAUUGAAACUUUCCUGAAAAUCGACGUCUACGCUUUCGCUUUAGUGCUAUGGGAACUAAUGACUAGGUGUACAAAUAUAAAUGAUGCCACUUUAUCUAACUUGGAUUACAAAUUGCCCUACGAAGAAGAAAUAGGAUCUAAUCCUACCCUAGAGGAUAUGCAAAACUUGGUGUGUAAUCGGAAUGUAAGGCCAAAGAUUGCGGAAUCAUGGAAACUUGAUCCCUUAGCCUCCCAGUUAGUCUCCACUUUGAAAGAUUGCUGGGAAAAGGAUCCCGAGGCUAGGAUAUCAUCGAUAACCCUACACGAAAGAAUAAAAGCGAUCGCACGAUUAUCAUGAAAAAAUAGAUAUUUUUCUUCGUUUAAACUUUUUUAUCUUAUUUUGUAAAGCGAUCAAAAUUUCAUCAUAAAAUAUUAUCAACCUAAAAAAAAACAACUAAUAAUAUUAUUAUAAAUCGAGGAAUAAAAAAAUAUUUUGUUUUCCUUUUCAUUUUUUUUACACAUAAUUCAAUUCAGGGAAAUCUAUAUUUUACAUGUAAUUUAAUAUAUUCUUUUUAUAAAUUGUAUAUAAUAUAAGUUUAUUAAUUAAUGAUUU